AUGGGAGUUGAUAGUGGCAAGAAGAGGUUUCAGUUUGAAGCCAAGAAUAAAGGGUAUAGGAGGAGAACGACACUGACAGAGGAAAAGGGCAGAGUCCAUGUAUUGUGGAAUGAAUAUACAGAGCGAAAGGAAAUAAAAGCACGUAUGAUCCAAAAUAGAAACGCAUGGCACAUAGAACCUACGAGCAACGUAACAUCAGCGUAUAAAACAAACCACACACCAGACAAGAAAGGGUUACAUAAAAUUGUUACGAAUCAAGCUAAGGCCAAUGCAGUAGAAGACACCUUCUUCCUCAAUAACAAGAAAAAACAGCUUUCAAGUAGCCCCCCUUAA